GAGGAAAGGAAAGAUGAAAGACCGACUUCAAGAACUAAAGCAGAGAACAAAGGAAAUUGAACUCUCUAGAGACAAGCAGGUGUCAACCAUAGAAGCAGAACAAGGGGUGUUUCUGCAGCAAGCUGUUGUUUAUGAAAGAGAACCUGUAGCUGAGAGACACCUGCAGGAGAUCCAAAAACUACAGGAGAGUAUUAACAACCUGACAGAUGAUGUUCAAAAAUUUGGGCAGCAACAAAAAAGUCUGAUGGGUUCCAUGAGAAGGUUUAGUUUACUUAAGAGAGAAUCCAGCAUUACAAAGGAGAUAAAAAUCCAAGCAGAACACAUUAAUAGAGGUUUAGAUGAUUUAGUGAAAGAAGUUAAAAAGUCAGAGACUGAAAAUGGUCCAUCAUCAGUGAUCACAAGAAUACUUAAAUCUCAGCAUACUGCCAUGUUCCGCCAUUUCCAGCAAACUAUGUUUAUAUAUAAUGACACAAUAGCAGCAAAGCAAGAGAAGUGCAAGACAUUUAUUUUCCGUCAGCUUGAAGUUGCUGGAAAAGAAGUACCUGAAGAAGAAGUAAAUGAUAUGCUUCACCAAGGGAAAUGGGAAGUUUUUAAUGAGAGUAUACUUACAGAAAUCAAUAUCACUAAAGCACAACUCUCAGAGAUUGAACAGAGACACAAGGAACUUGUUAAUUUGGAGAACCAAAUAAAGGAAUUGAAAGAACUUUUCAUUCAGAUAUCUCUUUUAGUAGAGGAACAAGGAGAACACAUCAACAAUAUUGAAAUGGUAGUGAAUGACACAAAAGAAUAUGUUAACACUACUAAAGAGAAAUUUGGACUGGCUGUCAAAUACAAAAAGAGAAAUCCUUGCAGGGCAUUGUGCUGUUGGUAUUGUCCACGGUGUAGUCCAAAAUAAAGAAAUAUUUU